UACAAAAUUGUUAUUGUUCCAUUGGUAAUGUUAGGUCGAUGUUAUUUUCAACAAAUUUAAAAAAUUUUUUAAUAUUGAGAUAUUUAUAUUAAGAAGUAGCAUUUAUCUAGGGGAAAAAGCGAAAUGUGACUUAUUUGUCAAUAUUUCCGAAUGAUUUGUUGAUUUCGAUCGAUCAGAGUGGACUCCAUUCAAGAUUAUGUAGUAGAGCUUAUAUCUUAUUCUACACGAACGCACUUGAAUUAGUGUUCUUGAUAUAACCGAAUUUAUUAUCUACUAGGGUAUCCGAUUAAACAGUUAGUAAUCGAUUGCUCGGUUGUUAUUCGAGGACACGGAUAAUUCAGUUAAUAUUAACCGGAUAAUAACAAUUAACGAAUACUAUCGUGAAAAGAGGAUUAAAUGAUUUGAAGAUUUUGAAAAUUGUUAUAUUAAAAAGAAUGAAGCGUUAUUACGUCAUUUGUGAAUACAACGUAUUUACUUAUAGAUAUUUUCUACGCAAGUAAAAAUAAAUUGAAGAAUAUAACGAAGAAUGUAAAUCACAUUUCGAUUUUAAAAGUAAUUCAUAUCGUUUGAAAAGGAGAAAAGUAUUGUGUCCAAUUAGUAUGUGUAUCGGGCCGAUUAAUGAUAGAAUAAAUAAUAACUCGGUAUUAGAGAAUAUUAAUUUGAAUAUAAAAAGCUUCGAACAAUGAAAUACUUUCUGAAAACUAGCGAGAAUUAGCUAUCCUUUGUAGCCCUCUAAUGGCAAGUAUAGAAGACAUCGUUAUACAAUAUUGGUAGCACUGAUAUCUGUUUGCGGAUGAUUGUCAAAACCUACUUUCUCAGCGAAGUCUUUAGCUUUGCAUGGCAAUUCGAAGGAUAACAUCAUGACUGUAUUUAACUUGUAGAAGGAAAGGAAGAGCAAAGUGCAGCCAGAAGGAAUAUCGUGCGUCUGUUUAGCAAGGAUGGGUUCCUGGCCGUAGUGCGUGAUUCUACAACUGAUCCACGUCUCUGUCUUCACGUCAGGUUCAGUACGAUCAGCCGAUACAUUGUACUUCGAUGGAGCUUAUUCGCGCGUGACAACAACUUUCGGGACACCAGGCUCAACUUUUGCCAGGUAGCCCCUCUUGUGAUCUAUCAGCCGUGCGAGACUUGCUUUGUUCCGUAAAAUCCUGUCCACAUUUCUCCUUGACGUGACGCUUGUGCGACAUAAAAGCGCCAGAGAUUUCAAUAGCUGUCUGUAUUCACAUUACUGUGACAGCUUUUAUUUUCUUAUAUACAAUCGACAUGUGUACCACAUGACAUGAACUUCGUUCUAUGACUAAUGAGUAGUAUCACCAAUGUUUAUGGAAAUUACCUUCGUGCCGUAUCUUGUGACACAAAAAUAUGCGAAAUUCUAUCAUCAUAAGCAACAAUAACGAUCUGUCAAGAUAUUUAAUGUAACUUUUGCUUCACACUUGUGCUUUAUAAAUACAUUUCAUUCGAGUAUCAACAUUAAACUGUCUAUGCAUUAGAGACGAUAGAAUUUACACGAUAAAGGGUUAUACUGAGAAAAUGAAUAACAGGCUUGAAGAACAAGAGUCAAAAUGGACCUGUGAAUAUUGUACAUAUGAAAAUUGGCCUUCAUCUUUGAAAUGCACAAUGUGCAGAAGUGCCAAGCCUUUAUUAGGGGAGGAUAUUUAUCGUUUAAGGGAUCCAAGUCCGCAAAGAUCUGGAUCAAAUGUUGCAUCUGGUCCAAUAACUCAUUUAAGUCCUACGGAUUCUUAUAAUAUUAAUCCUCAGAAUUAUAGUCAGAAUGUACCAUCAGGUGGCAAGUGGUCUUGUGCAAUGUGUACCUAUCUUAACUAUCAAAAUACCACACGUUGUGUUCAGUGUGGAAAUAAAAAACCCAUGGGUCUUAAUCAAUCUAUACACUCCAUAGCUUCAAACUUGCACGAACACCUAGCACCUCUUAGGCUUGGAGAUCCACCACCAAAUUCAGGAUCUAUUCCUCCUCCAAUAAAUUUACAUCCAGAAAGAUAUUAUAAUUUACAAAGUAAUUUACAUCCUGAAAAGUGGUCUUGUCUUGUGUGUACUUAUGAAAAUUGGCCAAAAGCUACGAAGUGCGUGAUGUGUGGUAAUCCUAAAGAAAAAGACAGAAGAGAUAAAAGUACUAAUAAUGUAGGUGUUAUUUUGCCAAGUCCAGAAAGAGAUCACAGUCAACGCAACUUACCUUCUCCACCUCAUGCACCAUAUAUUCAUCAAACUCAAAGGGAUGAGAAUAUGGCUGUAGGACGAAGGAGUUCGCAUAGAUACCCUGAUAGCAGAAAUGACAAUUUGUCAACUCCUCAAUCUCCUAAUAAUUGUGACUAUGAACGUAGAUUAAAGCAGUUAAGGCGUCACACUGAUUGGUGCUGGUUAAAUGCAUGUCUCGGCAUUGUGGAAGGUGACAAUUCUCCUGUCGAGGCUUAUUUGGCAAGCGGUGGUGAUCCUGCUCGUCAGUUGACACAUUCAGAAGUUCUACUUCUAAAUAGAAGUAGUGCUUUUGACGUUGGGCAUACUUUAGUACAUUUAGCAAUUAGAUUUCAAAGAGAAGAUAUUCUAGCAACAUUAUUAUCACAAAUUGAAGGUUCUGGUUCUGGAGUGAAAAGGGUACCAAGUUAUGUUGCACCAGAUUUGGCUGCUCAGAUACGCAGACAUGUCACCAAUAGUAUCCGGUUAUGCAAGGGAUCCUUUCCAUGUUACUUUGUCACUGAUAUAGCUACAUUCGCUUUGCCUGCUGAGGUAGAAGAUUUACCAAGCAUUGUGCAAGAACAAUUAUUGGAGGAAUUAUUAGAUAAGGAAGCUCAACAACAAUUAGAAGGUGGUUGUGGAGAACCACCGGCACUAAAUUGGUCCUUAGAAAUUACUGAACGUUUAGGAAGUCGCUUACAUGCACUUUGGAAUAGAUCUGCUGGGGACUGUUUAUUAGAUUCUGCAAUGCAAGCUACUUGGGGUGUUUUUGACCGGGACAAUGCUUUGAGGCGUGCCCUUGCCGAUUCUUUACAACAGGCUGGUCAAUUUUUUUAUCCACGGUGGAGAGAAUACGAAGCAUCUCAAGCGUCUAGAAUGUUGGACUUUACAUUAGAAGAAACACAGUGGCAGGAAGAUUGGGAAAGCUUGUUGGCAACGGCUGCGCAACCAGGAAGCGCAUUGGAGCAAUUACAUGUAUUUGCUCUUGCUCACAUCUUACGACGACCUAUUAUUGUUUAUGGGGUUAAAUAUGUUAAAAGUUUCCGGGGUGAAGACAUAGGUUAUGCAAGAUUCGAAGGUGUUUACCUUCCACUUUUAUGGGAACCUUCAUUUUGCAUUCGAUCGCCUAUUGCUUUGGGGUAUACGCGGGGUCACUUUACAGCUCUCGUACCUAUUGAACCAUACGCAUCGUCUAGAAUACCACCCCUUUCAUCCCAUGGCGGUGGUAAUGGUCCACUUCAGCAAUUACAAAUACAAAUGCAGACGACGUUUAUGCCGUUAAUGGAUCGAGAACACAAAUUGUUACCAAUACAUUUCUUAAGUCCAGAAGAAGUAGGUCGGGAAGAGUCGAUUUUAAAGGAAUGGCUUGAUGUGUGUAGAACUGAAGGUGGUGUACUUGUUGCGCAACAAAAGCUUCAUAAGAGACCCCUACUCGUAGCACAAAUGUUAGAGGAAUGGUUAAAUCAUUAUCGAAGACUCGCUCAAACGAACAAUGCACCUUUCCUGAGACCACCCGUUUUGCAAGAUUACAGCAGCGAUGGCGACACGGAGGAUGAAUAACGAGGUGCAAUUGGUUAAGUUAACUAAAUUCACACGAGAAGACUUUUUUCCAUAAUUUCGUCGAGGCUGCAAUUACAACGCAAGAUCUCUGAGAUCCGUAGCUUCCAGAAUGUGUGGUAGGCAAAGCGUAUAGACUUUGCAAUAUACUUCGUAUUUAUUGGAGUUGAAUUACAACUACGUAAUUUUUGUACAUCAUUAUUGGUCAACGAACCAAUUCGAAUUCUUAUUGAGUCGUACUAUUAAUUAUACCGGAUGUUUAUGAAUUAAUUUGAAUAUUUUAUAAUAAUAUAUUAUUAAUCUCCAGAAGUAUCGUAUGAUUGCGAGACAAAGUAAUUGUCAUUUUGCCAAAUUAUAAUUCCGAGUAUAAGCGGUACGUUAACGAAUGAAAUUUUGUUGUGGCUAAAAGUGCUUCGACUUCUCGAUUGGUUCCUGUUCGAUAAGGCGGAUACGUUACAAAAGUAUGGUUCUGUACUAAGUAGAAACUACUUCAUAUUAAUUUCCAUAAUAUAUUUAUAACGAGAACGUUAUAUUUAAACACUGUUAACAAGUAUGAUACGAAUUACUGUCGAUUGUGUAUUUCCAAUCCACCGCAGUGUAAGUAUUGAAAGAAAACGAAAGUUGCACAUUAAAUUAGCAUAAAGUUAAUACCGAUGCAUUCGCGGUUGACUUGUUUCUUUCUAUAAAUAGGACAGAAAAUAUCCGUGGUUAAAGAAAUUAAGGAUGAAAGAAUUCUCGAUUAUUAGUUGCGAAAACAAAUAUUUGUUCGUGGAUGAGCAUAUAAGAAAUGUAUAAAAGAAAAAGAGGAAAAAACAAAAAAAGACCGCCGGUCGCCACUUAUUAUCUGAUCAAGCGUGAAAGUACUUGGUGACUCUGGUACAGACCAUGUGAUUUUUAAAGAUUGUAAAUACGGGCCGAAAAAUAUUCUGUAAUUGUCUUUGAACCACUUGUUAUCUUCGAGCUGUGUUAAUUAGCGUAAAUGCGAAAUGACAACGACCCUUCCCUCUGACGUAAGGCAGGGGGAACGUUGUAUUUCCUUUAUGGCCGCUUCUAGUAUAUUAAUGGAACAAUGACGAAGUACCAGUUAAACUGUACUUUCUUCUUUGUGCGAGGGUAAAAAGGGAAAAGAAGAAAAAGAAAAGUACGGAGUAGAAGGAACAUUCUGCGAGGUAAUCAACCACAAGGUGUUAGAUAUCGCAAUCGUAGGAGUACUAGAACUUUUAUAAAAGGAGAACAAAAAAGCACAUAAGGGCAGAGAAACAAGUAAUACUAUUUAAGCACCAAGAUUGCCCUUGGUACCUACUCUAUUCGUGAACGGAUAAAGAUUUAUGGUAACUGGCUUGGCCAAAUAUAAUGAACCCUAAUCAAAAAAGUACAAAAAAUCGUCAGAGGGAAAAUGAUGUUUCUUUACGAACGCGUUACAUAGUUCGCUUAAUAUUUAGUCCCCGUUUUUACUAAUUCUAAUGUAGCUUCUAGUCCUUUUUAGCACCGUCAUUUUUUUUCUAAUCACACGCGGCAUGUGAUUUAAUUAUGUAAUUACUGAUGAUCUUGAUGAUGUUUGUAUAGGGAUGAUAUUCAAGUCAAUUCCAUGUUUUAACGGCACGCAAGCGCCGUGUUAGGAGCGCGGAGGAUCGACGAUGUCACUGUUACUGUACCUUCCCUUUCUUUUUUUCUUAUUUUUUUUUUAU